AUGAGCUCCAUGAAUGAGGGGAAUGAUGAUGGCGCCCGAGAGGAUGAGCUUGACCUCGGUCAGGAAGACGCAGACUUGCCUGCCCGCGCCAAUGGACAUCCUGCCAACCACCUAGCAACAGAUGACGUUGAAGAGCCGGAGUCGGCCCAGGACGGUGAUUUACCCACAAUACUUGCGGACGCCGAUGAAACGAAGAGCCAAGAGGAUAUCAUCGGGGAAGCUUCCUCACAGCUGCUGGCCCGAGUCGUUCAGAGCACAGAAGAGACGUCCUCACUACCAGACGAUACCCCAUCCCUCCACGGCUCUCUGCGCUCAUCGCCUAGCAGCAGUGCUUUCCUCCUGCGGGAGUCGUCAACAUCAAGCCCUGUCCCGGCCCAUCGUCCAUUCGACCUUCGUUUUCAGUCCAGACUAUCGUCGUCGUCAUUCAGCAGCCCUCGACUGUCAUCCCCAUUUGUGUUCAACAGCCAUUCCCGUAACUCGUCUUUCGCCAGUCAACCCUGGUCUGGUGCGGCUGAUGUCGAGAACGAACCACCACAAGCUCCCUGGGAAGUUGUGAGGUGGACAAAAUUACGUAAGAUUGGCGGACAGUCAUUUUCAGAGAUCGGUCGACGAAAUUUCGGACAACCUACUUGUAUAUCAAUCUCAACAACAAUUGUCUUAGGUACUUCGAAAGGCGUGGUUCUCGUUUUCGAUUACCAGCAGAACCUGAAGAUUAUUAUUGGCCCUGGAACUAAAGCCGUUGAAGCCGGCGCUGUUACAUCGAUUGCUGUAUCUGCAGAUCAUUCGACUGUAGCCGCAGGUCAUGCAUCCGGCGAGAUCUUCACCUGGGAAAUCUCCCGAGCUGCACGACCCUUCCUCCAUAUUCCGCCAAUACAGCUUCGUCAGCGUGAAGACCUUGGUGUUGAUGGCCAUAUCGCAGGCGCUUCUGUCCUCCACCUGGGCUUUUUAGGCACCAGACGUACUGCCCUAGUCUCUGCGGACGACCGUGGCAUGGCCUUUUCCCACCUAGCUACACGAGGCAUGGGCGCAGUAGGAAGAACGGUCAAAACAACAAGGAUUCUAGGUCGAUAUCCCGAUUCUUCACUGCAGAAUAGCCGUCCUCGAAAACCCAGUUCUGUACUGGCUUUCUCACCUCUGCCUCUAGGAAAUGUGGACCAACCAACGGACCGCUUGGGUUUGGUUGCCAUGCUUACCCCAUAUCUUCUUGUCAUUGUGUCCACGACCCCCGUCGCACAAACACAGUACAAAUCACCGCGCCCGAAAGAAAUCGGAACCCAUAACGUCAUGAGUGCAGCAUUGGCCUGGUUCCCGGCAAUCAGGUUGAAAGGGAAAGACGAUAUUUCGCAGACAAAACUUGUAUAUUGUUGGUCGAAUGUGCUGACCGUGCUGGAAGUGCUAGAAUCCGAAUCUGAUGGGGGUUCGACCAAGGACCGCCCCCCUGUCCUUGAAUUCCGUCCUAGAAGCCGGUGGAGGGCCAAUGAAGCUAUCGUCGCCGUACAAUGGCUGAGUCGUUCGGUCAUGGCUGUCCUGACCAUUACACAACAGUUGCUUAUUCUAGAGGACAAAACAUUACGAGUAACCGAUUCAUUUGAUCUUUUGCACAAGCAUAUAUACCAUAGCGAUUUAUUUUCGUCUCAGUUGCAUUCAUUGGUCGAACAGUACGAUGAAAAUGAUACCUCAAUGCAUGGAGUGGUUGCGGAUGCCUUUUCCCACAGUUUGAAAGCCUAUAAAGGCCGUUUAUUCCUCUUGGGCUACAAUGACCUGUCCGUAGGAAGUCUGUCUAAUUGGGCCGAUCGGCUACUUGCCUACAUGGAGAUUGGGGAUUUCGUUGCAGCAAUCAGACUGGCGACCUCAUAUUACCAAGGUGAUGCAGAGAAGCUCACUGUCGGCUUGCCAGAAGAGGAUGAUUUACGGCAUUCCGUCGUAGGAGAAAAAUUGCUCGAAAUGAUAUCGGCUUCUCUCAGGUUCGCUUUUGGACGGAAUCAGGAAGCAAGCGCUGAGAGAGCUCAGAAUUCGCAACUAGAAGAACUUGCCGAAGCUAGCAUCACAGCAUGUACCUGUAUAGAGGACUAUGAUUAUCUAUGGGAUGAGUUAUAUGACUGGUACGAGGAACAUGAUGCUGAAGGCAUCUUCUUGGACGUUCUUGAGAAAUUCAUCAGGGAAGGACAAGUGAAAACUAUCCCGCCAACAGCAUUCAAAGCUCUUAUAAAUUACUAUUCGGCCCAUCAUACUUCAAGUUGGCUCGAGGAGGUAAUCUGCCUCCUUGACCCUACCACAAUGGACAUUGAACAGGUGACCAUAUUGUGCAAACAGCACAACCUUUAUGAUGCCUUUAUUUAUGUCUGGAACUGCGUUCUCAGAGAUUACAUUAGCCCCUUGGAAACCCUGCUCGAAUUCGCAAUCGGCGUGAUGAGAUUAAAUGCAAAUGGAAAUACCGAAGCAUAUGUUGGAACAAGCGACUACAACAAUGCGAUGAAGAUGUUUCCUUAUUUCUCAUUCAUCUUCACAGGUCGUAUCUAUCCAACGGGCGAGGAAAUGAGUGAAGAUGUUGCUACUAUAUCGAAGACAUUGUUAUACACAUACUUAUUUUCAGGGGGCGUUUUUUCAUCGCCAAAUCAUAAAAACUCUCUUAGUGCCCUUCAAGUGAUACUGAAAUUCGACUCGUCCAGUUUUAUGAGCAUGCUGAACGAAGCGUUUGAAGACAGUUUUUUAAAUCAUUCAUCCGAUCUAGCAGACGCAGACCGUGUACAAGCAUCUACAUCACAACGCUUGACAAUGAAUCGGCAAUACAUUAUCAGCAUCUUGCUUGAUGUCAUGGACAGUCCCGAUUAUGGGCCACUGGAGACUAUAUAUUUGGAUAUGUUUAUUGCGCGAAACCUGCCAAAGUACCCACAAUAUAUCUUACUAUCUGGAACCACGCUGCACCAGGUUCUUGAACGCCUCUGCCAAUGUCCGAGCGAGGAAAUGGCAGACGAUUGCGAAUUAAGCGUGGAAUAUUUAUUAUCAGUUUACCAUCCGCAUGAUAUUCAAGGCUUGAUUCCCCUUCUUCAGAAGGCACAGUUCUUCCGCGUUCUCAAAUCCACUUAUCGUGCAGAGAAACAGUUUCCCGACCUCAUUCUCACUUACCUCCAAGACACAAGUGAGCGGGAUUUGGUUUUCAAAUGCAUCCGUGACUGUCUACGAUCAGGAAGUGGACUUAGCAAUAAGCAGCAACGUGAAGUCAUCCAAGUCAUUAAAAACAAUGCUGGUCAACUGGCGCUUAUCAAUGUAUCGGAGGCUGCGCGCACAAUACAUGAAGUCCUUCCGUCUCUCCACACAACCUUCUUGGACUCGUUAAAGGGGGAUGACUACAAGCAAUUUCACUAUUUGGCAACACUUUUGGAACCGGAAAACUACAACCAGAAAGCGAAAGUCGCACCUGCAGAAUUAAAUAGUCCGAUGGUUGAACAAUAUGUGAACCUGCUUUGUAAGUAUAAUCGGUCUCACGUGGUAGAAUAUAUAGAAGCGCUGCGCGUCAACGAGUUGCGCUUGGAAACGGUUCUUCCAUCCAUGGAAACCAGUGGUGUUGUAGACGGAGCUGUUGUCUUGUUAGCACGGCAAGGCCAACUACGCCGGGCCAUGGAUCGCCUUUUGGCUUACCUUGGUACCCUAGAGUCAGGACUUGUUGGAAUCCUCCGCAGCGCAGAUGAAGCCCCUGAUUCUGCCGGUACAGCAGAGGCCGUGAGGGACUUUCUUGACAGCAUAGAGAAAUACUCAGGGAUAGGAAUAUGGCUGUGCCAGGGACAAACAAAGACUUCCAAACCAUCGCAAAACGGAAUUGCACGAAACGGCAAGCGGGUAUCCAUUACUCUACAGCAGCCUCUUACGUUUGAGGAGGAGUUAUGGCUAGAUCUUAUUGACGCAGUGGUGCGGAUCUCACGGAGUACGUCGUCGUUAUUAUAUAAGGCUUCUCUCCCCGAGGAUUCCAAAUGGACGUUAGGGGACGAGAAAGACAGCACAGAAAUAGGCAUUGCGUUCCGCCAAUUGAUACAGAGAGUCUUCACUGCACUGCUGAGCUGCACAACUACCGUCGGAGGACCUCCAUCUUCGGCAAGCACAGAGGUGUCUUUCCUGCGUGUUCUCCGGGCUUUCCUCUCUCGCGCCGCAAGCUCAUCGCCCUCGCUGUCUGAAUUACGAACAGUGCUUGCAUCAGUCUUCUCUACCUAUACCUAUGAAGAGUCCCUUUUAUCGCUAGCCAAUGGUAUGCUCGAUAAGGACUUAUUCGUCCACGUGGAUGAAGUUACUAAAUUGCGUCAGCGCGGAUGGCGUCCGCGAGGUCAAGUUUGCGAAAUUUGUCGCAAUCGCAUUUGGGGCCCUGGUGCUGGGGCGUCGAUAUGGGCUGCAUGGGAAAGGAAACGGGCCGUGGUGGAUAAGGAAAGGGCCCGCAAGGCUCUGGAGGAUGAUAGCCCGCUUGUUAAAGGCAAGGAACCUAGCAAAGUGGAGGAGGAAGUCAAUCUCACCGUCAGCAGUAGUAACACGAUAGAUGAGGGGGAUGAUGAACUUUCCGAUGACCGAGCUCUUUCGAGUCACAAGGCACAGAGUCACACCGGGCCGGUAGUGGUCUUUGCCUGUCGACAUUUAUGCCACCGUGGGUGUCUCCUGGACAGAAAGGCAGGUGAAAAUGGCUCUGGACAUCUUACAUCUUCUCUCAAGCACGACGCCAAUUGGGGACUUGCUUGCCCGAUAUGUACAUAA